AUGAUCCAAAAUCUCCGUUACAUGAACAUUUUGAGAAUUCCUAAAAAAGAAGCAGCCCUCGAUCCAUCUGCUGAUAGAAUUUGGACAAUUGGACAAAUUAUUUAUCAAAGACACCACGACUUCAAUCGAUCUUCGCCUCUAAAACAUAGUCAGGACAAUGGAAGUUUCGACUACAUCGAUAUGGUAUCACAAAACUCGCUCAUUUUGGACAGAAUGUGUUAA